GACUAACAUUCAGGGUCUGAGGAUGACUUUAAUCUGGACAAUUGUUUUAUUUCUCAACACAAUAUGUAAGUUCUUAUAUAAAUACUGACUGUAAAUCCUACUAACUGGCUGUUUUUAUGCCUCCUGUUGCAUUAUGUCUAAUUUAGAUCAUUUUCUAGAUUCGGCCAAAACUGCGGAAAUUUCCAGAACAUCAGUUCUUUCAGUGAAGUCUGGAGAACGUGUUACUCUUAACUGCCCAUUUGGAGACAGUCGUAAGGCUGAAAGCGUGGUCUGGUACAAACUCAUACUUGGAGAAAUGCCUCAAAAAAUUGGAGAAAGAUUAGCGUAUAAGGAUAUAAACAUUUCACCUGAGUUCAUGACUUCAGGAUUUAAAAUAGAGGAGAGUGAUAACCACAUUUCUUUGACAAUUCAACAAAUAAAAAAAGAAGACGGAGGACUUUAUUACUGCGGAAAGUGUAACAUGGAUGAAGUUGACUUGUCCAAUGGAACUUUCUUGGCUGUAACAGGUACUGAAGAUGUAAAAGUGAGUGUGUGGCAACACAGCGUGUUGGACUCGGUUCCUGCAGGAGCCUCAGUGACUCUGCAGUGCUCGGUUCUUUCUGAGAGCAGAGCAGCAGAACUCCAAGUGCUCUGGUUCAGAGCUGCUCCACCACAAUCCCAUCCUCAAAUCAUUUACACUCAUCACAACAGCAGCCGUCAGUGUGAGAGCGGCUCUUCUACACACACCUGUGUGUACAACUUCUCCAAGAACAUCCUCAGCCUCAAUGAUACUGGAACUUACUACUGCGCUGUGCUCCUGUGUGGGAAGAUCAUCUUGGGGAACGGGACACCGGUACAGAUGGAAAACUUUGCAGCGUCUUAUAAUCCUGUAGUGAUGUGUCUGGGAACAGCGCUGGUAAUGUGCGGGAUUCUGAUUUCUGUUCAAACUGUUUUACUCUGUAAAAGAAAAAACGGUCCACAACACAGAGAGAGAAUUCAGCAUGAUGCCGUGAUAAACACUGACGAGAAGAACGCUCAGGUUGGUGAUGCUGUAGAGCUGAAUUACGCUGCCUUACAUUUUAAUGAAAGGAAAAUUAAAAGAGUGAGAGGAAAUCGAGGUCCAUCUCAAGACCGUGUUUACACUGAAGUGAAAUAUUCCACCAUUUCACACUUAAAAUAAUCUUUAAUCUUUUAUUGUGGCUGAAAUUGUUUGAUCUGUUUUAAUGUAUUUGUACAUAAGAACACUGUGGUGAAUCAUCUGAGUUGUUUUAUUAAAAUAUACUGUAUAUUAAAUAUAGACUGCCGACUCUUGUGCUAAUCAUCUUCGUCCGUUAAUGAAUCAUUUUCAUCCUGGUGGGCGUGGUCUCUUCUUGGGUAACUCCACCCCCAUCCGCAUUGACGGAGGCUCUCUGAAAACAUAUGCUAUGGACUUUAAACACAUCAAAUCUCAAACUGUACACCUACUGUACCGGAUAAACCAGCUUUCUCCACCAUUAUGCUCAAUCAUCAUCAUCAUCACCAUCAUCAUCAUCCUCGCAAUACCAUCUGAAGGAAAAACCUUUGGAAGAAUGACAUUCAUUGCUCCAGUACAGAUCUCUUUUGGAGGCCUUGUUGUUUUAAUACCUGUGAUAAAAUAUCUUUUGCAUUUUCUCAACAUUU